GCCCCAUUGAUUGGUAAGAUGGCAGUGCUGGUGGGUGUUGAGUGACCCUUGAAGGCAACUCUUCAAUUUUUGUUGCAAAACAAUGGCAUGAUGGUGCAGACCUGCCUGUGGAGCUCAAAACACCUGCAAAAACAGAUCAUGGAUUCGGAUGUGGUGAUCUUGUCAGAGACUGACCACAAGGGCCUCCCACCCACUUGGUUAAGAUCCGGGGUGGCAGUCAUCAACCUCAGCUUAGCCUCAAUGGAAGAACACCCUGACAGUUGGGAGCCCGGGGCUGAAGCGGAGUCUGGUGCAGGAGUUGGGCCUCUAAGUGCUGCGCUAAGAAUGCAGCAUGUAGUGAGGAGCAGCAGGAGGUGGAUACAAGAACAGCAGUACCAGCCGUGGAGGCUCCGCCCACUAAAACUCCACCCACUCUUACCUGUGCCUAGUGAUAUAGAGAUCUCCAGGGCACAGACUCCCAAACCCAUAUCCCAGCUGGCUCAGGAGAUUGGGCUGCUUCCAGAGGAGCUGGAGGUCUACGGAAACACCAAAGCCAAAGUCCAUUUGUCCCUCCUCAACCGCCUCCAAUAUCAGCCGAAUGGCAAAUAUGUCCUGGUGGCAGGACACAGUGAAGCAGCACUGCCCUCCCCACCCAGCCUACUCAAUUACUGUCAGCCACUGGCAUGCCUUUACUGCGCUGCCAAAAGAGCUGAGAGAGAGGCAGGAUGCUGA